GAGUACUCAAAUACAUAAUCUCAUAAAAAAUAAUUUUCGUAAGUUCGAUAUUUUAUUGCCCAUAUAAAUUAGCAUAUAUUUGAAAACUUCUUACUUAUGUUUCUCGAAAAAAAAAGUCUGUAACUGAAGCCCAAAAAUGAUAAAAAAAAUGACUAAAAUGAUGUUUAUGAAUUAUAUUUCCAAACCCGUUGCAAAUUCUUUCAAGCGUGCUUUAAGUUUUUCUCCUAUUUGUCAGAGAAUACUUAAAAUACAAGAUAAAGAAGACUUUGAUCAACAUGUAAAUAACUGUAAAGUUCCAGUUAUUGUUGACUUUUUUGCAACAUGGUGUGGACCUUGUAAAAUUUUGCAACCUCUCAUUGAAAACAUAGUGGAUGAGCAAAAUGGUAAAAUACACUUAUUAAAGGUGGAUAUUGAUGAUCAUGCUGAAAUCGCUAUGGAUUUUGGAAUAUCUGUGGUACCAGUACUGGUAUCAAUGAUAGAUGGAAAGGUUAAAUCAAAAAUUAUUGGUUCACAAGAUGAAGACCAAUUAAGAAAUUUUGUUACUAAAUUAAUUGAAGAAAGUAAUGUUCAAAAAGAAAAACUUUAACUUAACUUUAUACUUAAAAUUCCAUAAUUGUUAGUAGUUUACUAGAUAUUGAUAUAAAUACAUUUUGUUCUUUUUUAGAUAUUUAA